AUACUGAAGAUUAAAAGCCAUAUUCUCUGUGGCAUCUCAAUUUCCUCCAUCAUGUCAGAGACUCGGCCAAUGCCUGCACAAACUGAGGUGCCUUCAGAGUCUCCUGAGGUGGAGUGUCCAGUUUGCUAUCAGGAGUACGACCAGGACUCCAAACUCCCACGCAUGCUGGAAUGCCUUCACGUAUUCUGCACGGAAUGUCUUCGCAAAAUCCAGCUCACUCCUUUGCACCCGCCCGACCCCAACAGCGCCCCCUCAAUCUCCUGCCCCCUGUGCCGCCACUCCACCCCGCUACAAGGUGGCGAUGCAUACUCUCUCCCCUGCAACUCACGGAUUCUCGCCCAGCUGCCUCCCAUAGCCUACCGUCUGCCUGCGUCGGUGUCUGCCCGGCUGGCCACGGUGACCCAGCGCUUGGUGCUAUCUCUGGGGGAGAGGGAUACCCGAUUCAUAAUCCUGCCCACUGUUAGUCUGAGGGUGGAGCAGAUGGGUGAAGGCAUAGAAAUGGUAAACCCACCUAGGGUGCUGCAACGAGAGAUUGAGGUUCUGGGGAGACACAAGAAGACCCUGAUGUGCGUUCAGGUUCUGGCUGUCAUCUUCUGGAUUAUGUUUGUGCUGACUUGUGUGAUUGGGGUUGUGUUUGGGCCAAGCCUUUUUCAUAAUUGAGAGAUUAAGGACAUGGGUGUAUCCUGUUACAUUAAUAUAUUUAUUCUGUCCCUGCAUUUUUUAAAUUACAACAUUUAGAUCAUUAUAAAUAGAUAAUUUUGAUUAUAUCUAAAAUCUACAGUUGCCCUGACAUUUGGACACAUAAACUGUAUUAAAGUCAUUGCAAAAUAUUUUAUAGUAUACAAAGUUUAGGUUUUUAAAUUAUACAAUAGUAGAUAUAUGGUUCAAAGUAAAGACAAAAAGUAUUGUGGAACCUGGCUGACAAAUGUUAGAGAAACAAGUUCAUAGUUAAUGUGAUAAAUUAUAUGUAAUGACUUCAUAUUGAACAUCCAUUACAAAUGAACCGUUUAUUUACUUUUGAUAUUACUUGCUUAAACCCAAUUUUUUUUUUUAAAUGGUGAAGAUAGUUCUGAAAAUAGCCCCACACUAGUGUCAUGGAGAUGAUAUUUGGUUUAAUAUUUUAUUGAAUUGGCUCGAGCCCCUGCCCCUUUGAGGUCCGACGGUAAAGUGCCCUUGCGGUCCUAAAUAUCCGCCAUACUUUUUUAUAUUUUGUUACCUUGAAAGGCUUUGUCUUUAUAAUAGGGAAAUUAGUUUGGCUGUAAUGCUCAAACAACUUGCAAAAUAGAAAAUCCAACAUGACAAAGAAUUGUGAUAAUAUUGUGAAUCGUGAUAUUUCAAAAAAAAAAAAUCGUGAUAUUUUUGCCAUAUCGCCCACCCCUAGCUGAGGGGGACCAAACCCAUACAACCCCCACCCCCCCAACACACAUUUUGCCCCUGCCCCUCCGGAGGUCUGUGCACGCCACUGAUUUUCAUAUUGGAGUGUGUAGUCCUACAAUUAUUCCUGUCCUUAACUGUUAUGUCAAUAUUCUAAAGGAUGGUAUUCUCUGUUCUCUAACUUUUUGUACAGUAUGUUGUUUUGUAUGCAAACAUGAAAAUAUAAUAUAUAGGCCUGCAGCAUUUUGUUUUAGAAAAAGAAAGCAUUGUUGUUUAAUUUGAAGAAAAAAACAAAACAAAACAAAAAACAAUCAUGUUGACUGCCCAGCAUGGGCUUUUUUCAUGAAAAAGGAUAAUGAGGUAAUGAGUCCCUCUUGUGGAUGAUGCACAUGAAUACAUCUGUGAGCAGUUUUGAUUGCACGACAUACAGAUGUGCAGUAGGCUACUUUAUAAAUUUACCAAUUCAGCUGACUGAAAACGUUAAUAUUUUUACUAUUUUUAUUAAAGUGCCCCUAUUAUGGGUUAUGAAAGGUUCAUAUUUUGAUUUUGGGAGACCCCAACAACAGGUUAACGUGCAUGUAAGGUCAAAAAAAAAAAAAAAAACACUUUCAUUUUCUUAUAAUAUGCAUUUAUUUUUACCUUAUUUGCUCAACGACUCCCAAACGAAUCGCUCAAUGAUUCAUUUUUCCAAACCCCUCCUUUGCCUGACGCUAAUCUGCGUGAUUGGUCGAUUGGUCUCAUUUUCAUUUCAUCAUGCCUGUAACGCCUGAUAAAGCAGCAGCCCAGUGCUGCUCUGUGUACAGCCUUACAGGGGAAACAGCUAUUUUUAACCGCUCCAAAAGCGGCACCUAGUGGCAAAGAAUGAAUUUGCAUUUUCAUUCAGACCAACGAGAAAAGACCAACAAGUGGGGGGGCAUUAUGCUAAUGUUUCAUGUUGACCUCAACAUGAAACUGCUUAGGAUUUGUUUAACGACUCGUUUCACUGAUUCAGAGUCGACUCUUUCUUUUUAGAGAUAACUUUAAACACAGUGCACUUUAAGAUUUAAACCUUUGCAGGAUGUUUUCAUUCACUUAGAGCUCUGUUACACACUGCAUGAAAGGUAAUUUUCAAAAAUCCAUAAUAGGGGCACUUUAAUUUAUGUAUACAGUGUGUGCAGAAUUAUUAGGCAAGUUGAUAUUCUGGUCAUAUUUUUUUUCCAAGAACAUUUUACCAAUUCCAAACCACAUCAAUCUUAAUAACUACUAUUGAUUUUGUAUUUAAUAAUUUAUAAGUGAUAUAUAAUUGUCCAUGAAGGCUGAUAGUCAGAAACUUCUUAUUUCAGGUGUGCAGAAUUAUUAGGCAGGUUUUCCUUUACAGAUAAAAUGAGCCAAAAAAGAGAUUGAACUCAAGAAUAAAAGUUUUAAAAAAUUAUUAAAUGCCCAUGAGAAGCAAUACUAAUGCAAUAAUAGAAUUAGCAAAGUUAAGGCAUGACCACUGGGCAGCGAAAUGCUCAUUGGGUCAGCAAGGUCAGAAAAAACAGGUGGAGAGGAAAAGACACAUGUUAACUGCAAAAGAAUUAAGAAUUAAGGUGAAGAAUUAGGUGAGAAACCAUCAGGAACCAUUUAGUCUCCAGCGCCACCAUUUUCCAGAACUGCAACCUUCCUGGAGUCUCCAGAAUUACAAGGUGUCAGGUUCUCAGAGACCUUGCUUGAGUAAAAAAUUCUUUAAAAUGGCCCUCACUUAAUAAGAAUAAUAUGCUGAAGUGUUGUGAAAUACAUGAAGACUGAUUUUGUAUAGGAUUUAUGGACAGAUAAGU